UAGGAGUAGGAGUAGGUGGGCAGUAGUACUUGGUCAUGUGCCACCGUCUCGUGCCCCUUUGCAUCUUCCAAGCUCUCUCUGGGCUGGAGACUCUCACGCGUUUGCUUCAAGCAUUGACCCGAGCAUAAAUCUUCCAGCCACUUGUUCCUGGCCUCUUCUUGAUUUCUUUCUAUCCCCUGCCUGUCCGUGUAGUGCUCAGAUUUGGUCAUCAUGAAGCCAUGAACAGAGCUGGCGCCUCUGGUGCAGGAUCCUGACGACCUGCGUCUCUGAAGGGGGAGAAGGGCUUCUUUUCUCAGGUGAGAUUCUGCUCUUGAUGCUUCCUGCUCAUCUGGAAUCUUUUCCAGUUUCUUCAAGCCAUGCUUAGUUGCUGUUUCUGGAGAGAUGGCUGCUCCCAAGUCCCAACCAAAGAUCUUGCAUCGUUUCUCCAGGGAUGCUAUUAUCUUUUGAUCUGAUCUUGGUUAUAUGCCCACCCCUGUUUUGACCCACACGCUUAUUUCUUAAUGGAUGGAACAGUGAAAGCCGCCUGCUGAAUCCUUGCUUCUCUGUUUGGUAAAAAAGGGUUAUCCUUGAUACCACAAUCUUCUUGAAGACUUGUGAAAAAUGAAGCCGCCUUUGGAAAGGAACCCAUCCAGGAAGCGCCAUUCAUGGUGGUGGGAUAGUCACAUUAGCCCCAAGAACUCAAAAUGGCUUGCAGAAAACCUCGAAGGUACAGUACAAUGUCUGAUUGUAUGUUGCACUGAAAUGAGCAUAAAUGAAUAACAAUAAAACAAAAAAUGGAUAAGCAAGUGAAGGAAAUGGUGCAGCUUAUUGAGGAAGAUGGCGACUCCUUUGCAAAGAAAGCUCAAAUGUAUUAUCAGAGGCGCCCAGUCCUCGUUACCCAUGUCGAGAACUUCUACCGGAUGUACCGCGCUUUAGCUGAGCGCUACGACAAUGUUACCGGUGAACUGCGCAAGAACAUCCCUUCAAGGAUGCAGUCCCAAGGAUCUUUAUCCGGUUCUGAGUUCGGUUCAGAGCUGCAAAGGUCGCCCACACCAUCUCCUGAGCCCCAGAAGUCCUGGACAAGGGAGCAGAGCCCUAGAGCCGCCGGUUUCAAUUUCUUUCUGAGUAACAAGAGCAAUGACUCACCGUCCUCAAGGAAGGAGCCUGGGUCAGCUUCACAGUCAGAAUCUGACAUGAAGUCUGAAGAUGGUGAGGAUGAUGGCAUUACCUACACAUUGCACCAGAGAGUUCUCGAGCUCGAGGAUGAUCUCAAUGCGGCAAACCGGAAGCUGCUUGACGCAAACGAAAAGCUCGAGGUUUUCGAGGAGAGGAUCCUGAGGUGCCAUUGCGAUUAUAAGGAAAAUGGAAAUGGCGCCGAUCAUGCUACCAAAAUUAGAGACAUUGAUGGAGAGUUCGUGUCAACUAAGGAGAAGCUACAAUCUUCACAAGUGGAGAUCAACAAUCUUGAAAGGAGGCUCGAAGACGCUGCAAUUUUGUCAGAAGAGCACUCCAGGCUGCUGGAACAAAACAAGGGACUGGAAGCUGAAAUUGUGAGUCUGAAGGAAGAGAUGACUUCAGCUAGACGGCGUUUCAACGACAAAAUAUCCGAGAGUGAUGCCGAGAUCAGCCAGUACAGGCAAGAGCUUGCCACCGCGUCCGAGAAGCUGUUGCAGGAGAAGUCCACCAACAGCACAGAGGUAGGAAAGCUGCAAGAAAUGAACCGGAUCACCAGUCUCAAGCUGGAGAAAGUUUCUGAAGAGAAGUCUCUAGUGGAGGACCAGGUGAAGGAGCUGGAGGAGGCGAACGCCGAAGCCGAAAGGCAGAGGCAGGAGCUCGUCCAUGCCGCCGAAAUGCUGUCGGAGGACAAGUUCAGACAUGAAGCUGAGAUCCUGACGAUGCAGCAGAGCAUCGAGGACCUGAAGCCGAAACUUGAGAGCAUCGCAAGAGAGAAAUCGCUGCUGAAACUCUGGUUCGCGGAUCUGGAGCGCGUCGUGGAGCGAGGAAGGAGCGUUGUCAUUCCCCCGGAAUAACCCGGUUUCGUCUGGAAAAUUCAGUAGCUAGAAUUUAGCAAACUAGCAGUGCUAUCUCUUUGUUUUUUUGGCCUGAGAUGUAACAUCAUACGGAACUGUGAAACCCUACCGUGGACAUCAGCUUUUCCUUUUCUUGGAUUAUUUCUUGCACUGUGAGGUGAUGGGUGGUGGUCGUGGUGUAUGAAACAUUUGCACUGAAUGCAUUUCCUUUGGCAAUAAAAUGUCUCUGAUGAGCUCA